CAAAGUCAAGUUUUGACCCCUGCACUUUUUACCAUCCAAAAACAACAUUACGCUAUGUUAAAUUGACGCUGGUUGAGCUCUAGGACCAAGCGGAAAACAACCGUUUGUUUUGAAGCCUGUUUCCCAUUAGAGCAUACUGUAAAGAUAACACCCCCCCCCCCCCCCGUGUCCCCCCCCACUUCUAAAGUGAAAAUUACAUCCAUGACCAAGAUGCCAGUGUCCAUCAUCCCUAGUCCCGUAGCAGGAACUAAACCUUCAACCAUGAGCACAUCUGUUCAAUCAGUCCAAACAUUCAAUCAGCACCCUAAUCAAGGUACCCAGGUUCAACUUUCCAAAGUCCCAGGUCAGAGUGAGUCGGUUGUCCCACUCACCCAGUGCAUUACUUCUGUUAAAACAUCUCCAAAGGGACUGCAAUCUUCAUGUCCAUCCAAUGAGCCAGAAUGCCAUGGACCACCGACGGGUACAGUGGUAUUUUGGAUACUAAUACUUUAUAUUUUGGGGCGACGGUGGCACAGGAGUUAAGUGCUCGCCCCAUAAUCGGAAGGUUGCAGGUUCGAGCCCCGCUCAGUCUGUCGCUGUCGUUGUGUCCUUGGGCAAGACACUUAACCCACGUUGCCUGCUGGUGGUGGUCGGAGGGACUGGUGGCGCCAGUGCUUGGCAGCCUCGCCUCUGUCAGUGUGCCCCAGGGCAGCUGUGGCUACAUUGUAGCUCAUCCCCACCAGUGUGUGAAUGUGUGUGUGAAUGGGUGAAUGACUGAUUGUGUUGUAAAGCACCUUGGGGGGUUUCAAGAACUCUAGAAGGCGCUAUAUCAAAUACAGGCCAUUUACCAUUACCAUAUUUUGAAGAUUCUGUCCUAUAACAGUUCUUUGUUUGAACAGAAUUCACUCACAGUACUACACUGCUGCUUCUAGAGCUAACAAGAGAACAUCAGCAUCUCUAUCACCGUAACAAACCUUUAUUCCAUAAAAAACUGGAACAGGAAUUCUCUAGAUGAGAAUACAACUUCACUAAAGAGAAAAUGAGAAAAAAGCUGGAAAACAUGGUAACCACAUACAAACGAGCCAAAGACAGAAGUAGACUGACAGGAGAGGAAAAAAUUACCUGGGACUAUUACACACAAAUGGAUGAACUUUUUGGUCACACAGCAGUGGGAAGUGCACCACCUGGCACAACUGGUUCAACUCCCCUCUUUCCUAAAGAAGCCCAUCCUUCAGCAGCUCAGUCAUCACCUGCUGAAACCGAAGAGCAACCUGGUCCCUCAUCGGCCAUACAGGACAGACAAGCUUCUGGCUCUAAGAGAAGCAAGACUGCUCAUCUCCCAGCGUUUUUUCAGUCCUAUGAGGCCCAUGCUGAGUGCAGGACCACUGCCUUGGAGUCACUUACAAGGCCAGGAUUGGCCAACUGGAGACGGCUGAAAGAAAAAAGAAAAGUGGGUUUGAGAAACAAGUAAUUACAUGCAUGGGUCAAAUCCUGAAUCAGUUAAAAGAACUUGGAAAGCAGCAAGAAAAACUUAUCAGUUUGCUAGAAGGACACUCAGAAUAAAAAUGUAUAUCUGAGCAUUAAAGGUAUUUUUGUGUUUCUUAUCUUUAAAGGAUUUAACAUAAAAGCAGUGGUCGGCAUGUCAAAUUACAAACGGUAAUGUCACUUUGCCUCUGGAGACCACUGAUGCUCCGAGAUCCCCUGAUGGUUUCCCCUGGGUUCAUAUCACCCAGUUUCCAUGAGCUGCCACUGGGAGGCACAU